GGUCAUCUGUUUCAACUGGAAUCGCACAAAUUUGAGAGAGGACGAGGCAGGUGCCCUUUUGACCCCAGUUCUUCCUUCACCUCCAUCUUAAUUGGUGGUGAACUUUUUACUGGUCUCUACAGUGACUACUGGGGGAGAGAUGCUGCUCUAUUCCGCACCAUGAACCGCAUGGUACAUCUGCGCACCGAGCCUGACAACGAGCGGCUGCUGAAAGAACCAAAAUUCAUUGGCUCCUACAUGAUUCCUGACAAUGAAGACCAUGAUGACAACAAAGUAUAUUUCUUCUUUACUGAGAAAGCUUUAGAGGCUGAGACAAGCACUCAUGCCAUAUACACCAGAGUGGGACGUGUAUGUGCGAAUGACAUGGGAGGCCAGCGAGUGCUCGUCAACAAAUGGACCACUUUCCUCAAAACCAGGCUAGUUUGCUCUGUGCCUGGGAGAAAUGGAAUUGAUACACAUUUUGAUGAAUUAGAGGAUGUGUUUCUGCUGCAAACUCGUGAUAACAAAAAUCCUGUGAUAUUUGGCCUCUUCAACACUACAAGCAAUAUUUUUAGAGGAUAUGCUAUAUGUGUUUACCACAUGGCAAGUGUCCGAGCAGCUUUCAACGGACCAUAUGCUCAUAAAGAAGGACCUGAAUACCACUGGGCUCUCUAUGAAAGAAAAGUACCUUAUCCUAGACCUGGUUCAUGUGCCAGCAAGGUGAACGGUGGUCUGUACACUACCACCAAAGACUAUCCUGAUGAAGCUGUUCAUUUUGCCAGGAGUCAUCCACUCAUGUAUCAGCCCAUCAAGCCUGUUCAUAAGAGACCAAUACUAGUGAAAACAGAUGGAAAGUACAAUCUUAAACAAAUAGCAGUGGACAGAGUGGAAGCUGAGGAUGGGCAAUACGAUGUCUUGUUCAUUGGCACAG